CAGAAAGAACAGUAAAAAUGCAGGCAGGGCGCCGGACAAAGCAGUAGGGACAAAAUUGUAUUGAGUGAAUGUCACUUUUUAAAUUUUUUUAUUUCCCGCCGGUUCCAUUCCUCGUAUGUCCCAUACGUCCCGACACUCGUAGGGAACAGCACCCGGAAGACAGAUGCCGGCAUCGGCCGGAGGACAUGGCCGGGGAUGCUGCAGGGGGGACAUCGCGGGAGCGUAGGACAAGGUAAGUGCUGGAGGGAAUCCCUGAGCGACGCUACAGGGUAAUCCCAGAGUGUAGCUCGGGGGUUACUGCUUCUGGUACUGAAA